AAUGAAAGACAUUCUUCUAAAAUCGACACAGAUGUAUUAAAUCUCUCGCAGCCUCGAAAUUCUACAACAAGUCUUCAAAGUAACUCAUUGAUUGCUAUCACAAAAGUUAGGAACGCUGAAGAUACUUCCACGCCUUCAAAAUCGAAGAGACGUUCAAAGAACAAACUACAAAGUGAAGUGAAACUUUUGUCUGAGAAGUCAAGUUCACUUUCAAAUGAUCAUGACUUUAAAAGUAAGGAUGCUAACGACGUGACAAAAACAUUCAAUAAAUCUCGUAAAAAGAAGCGAAGAAAAUAUAUUUCGUGGAUAAACUCUGCCAAACAUCACCGGCGCAAAAGGAGCCAUCGCAGAAUUUCUGGACGGAAGUUGGUGGAUUUUAAUAAAGUAAAAACAAAGGAAAGCGAAAGAAUCGGGAAUAAAAGGUCUGUAUAUCCUUUAGGAAUUUAUCCACAAUUUCGUGGCGCUGGUAAUGAACGAGUUUUGUUAAGAUUUAAACGUAAAGCUCUUCUUGAAGAUGGGCAAGAAGAACUGCCGCGCAACCGUAAAAAACGCAAAAGGAAGAGGCGAGAGAAAGCCUCGAAAAGGCAAGUUAAACGGCGAAGCCUUCCGAGGCAAAACGUACCCAAUGUUGAGAUUAGUGGACUUAAAAAAGGUUACUCGCAAAGUUUUCUGUGGAGGAAAUCAGCUUUUGGAAGAGAUAUCAAUGGUUUUGGAGCAACUACUGCCGUAAAUCCUCAAGUGAAGUACGAUCAGCAAAUAACUCCCGGGCAAUCUUUGUUUGUAGUUCCGAAUUCAUACAAAGUUAUUUUAAGGCCACACCAAUAUGAUCAGAGGAAAAGAAUACCCUCCAUGAAUUUCGCACAAAGUAACGCCCUAGUGGCGCAAAAUGGGCAAGUUCCGGUAGCAAAAAUUCCCUACGGCACCAAAAAUUCAGCGACGAAAUCAGUCAGGCCUGGGAAGUUUCAAAGUAUAAGCAGUGUUAAGCAGCCACAGUUUGAACAGCUGGCGAAAUACCAUUACGCAACCAGGCAGCCUCAACGCCCAUUAAACAACAAUGUUGUCAGCAGGAAACAGGUUACACAGCGCCCGUUUUAUGUUUUUGCGCCUCAUUUUAGCAGCUCACAAAUAGCUUUGCCGGAUAGAAAUCGGCAAAUCGAGCGCCUUACGCAACCUUGGCCUGUUAAGCCACAGUUUUAUGGCUCUCAACAAGGAACGAGGAUGCCGGAGAUUAAAAGUCACGUGCCUCAAGCGAAUGAAUUGUUAAAGGGAUCACCUGGACCACAAGGACUAAUUAUGUACUUAAAUUUUGAAGAUGUUGAACAGGGAAAGUCGCCGUUUGCUUCUUUUUAUGGAAACCUUGCAGAUGCAGGAAAGCGAACCGAAAUUUCGAGAUCGUUUGGAUCAUGUGGAAAAGUUGCGAGAAUAAACAAUGGAAGCGAAAUUCUCUUGAACGGAAGACAGAUCAAGGUAAUGCACUUUAUUUUUUUCUUUGAAUGAUUUAAUCUCCUCUUUCCUUGGUUUUUAGCCACAAAGCCCCCAUUUGAAGCAGAAACCUCUUUUAGGCAAAUUGCAACUGAGCUGUCUGAAAGAAGUGAAAUGGUGAUUUUCGAUUCAGGAAUGUUCUCUUACCGCUUUACAAACUAAAGGCUUAAAAUUUUCGGGGAGGGAUACAGGUCAUUUCGUUUAAGGUACGGUAAAUGGUCCAACUUGUUUUGCAGCAUUGUCGCAAAAUGAUUUGAGAAGCGAUGUUGCGCGCACCCACGUUCAAACCUGUCUUCCAAAAAAUCUCUUUUGCGGAUUGCGAAAAGUUCUUUAAGAAAGCAGAGAGCAGUUCAGUCCUUUUUGCAGCAAACUUUGCACAUGUUUGCGUUUAACCAGCCUAAGGCAAACUUGUUUUGCAGCAAUUGUCGGCGUAACUCCCGUGUAUGGUCGGACUCUCGUGUAAUUUUAUCUAAUCAGAAUUCAGUAUUCACGCAACUUGCAACAACCCGAUAUUUGCUAGACAGGGUUGAACGUGAGUGGUAAAAUCCUCAACGUGGCUUUUCAACUAAAAUCCCUGCCCUCCUCACAUGGGAUACAUCUUCGAGCUUUAGCGAAGGGACAUAAAGAGAGUUAACGAAUAUAAUUAGGAGACCGAAAGCUGGUUGUAAACGAAAUCCCGUCUGUCCAAAUAUCAGUUUAUACCGUUUUACAGUCGUAGAAAGAACAAUUUUUUUUGUAUAAAAGCCCUGUCGAUAUAUGGGGGUCAUUUUCCAUACAUUUUACUCCGGGAGUCAAGUCCGGGAUCGCCGGAGGGCCAAGCUGACCCGCUGGCCUCUUGAACACCCUGACUGCCGCAGUAGGAGACAUAAAAACUGUACCUUCACUUUUAAAAUAUUUUCGUGCUCGUUAAAUUGACAUUUCCCCAAGUGAGACGCAAAUGUUAACGUUGAGUUAGGGGAGGUGUAGGUGGGCUGUUUUCCAGAAACCUUAAUAUUGAUCCGACAUUUAAACAAAGUAGGAUAUUUUUGGGUGUUAAGUAAAUAAUGGUCAGUUAAAUUCAUUGGCUGCCAAAUUUCCCGGGGGUGGACUCCGCAUAUCAAAGGGGUGGGGAUGCUCGUCGUCUCGCUUAGGGGUGUAAAUUUCGGAUUUUGGUCUUACUUAGGGUGUUCUGGGCAAAACGCCAUCAUAUUUAGCCGUGACGGUCUCGUUUAGGGUUGCACGUGAAAAGAUAUAAAAAUAUAUAUAUUGUCUGUGUUUCAACAUGGUCUCUUUUAGGGGUCAAAAAAGCUUGGGCCACGCCCAGAUUGGUCUCCUUAAGGGGUUUAAUUCAAAAUUUCCGACGAGCAUCGCCACCCCUUUCAUAUGCGGAGUCCCCCCCGGGCCAAAUUCGAAGUGCAGAAAUUUUUCCCUACCUUGUAUGCUUUUCUCUGUUUUAAACUUCCCACCAUGAGUGAAACAGGCAAUAUCUCUCCCGAAAACGGAGCGAUUGGAAAGUAUGGUUUAGUGUUGUGUUUUUAUACUUCUCCUUACUCUUCAGGUAAAACCACGCCAGGCCAUAAGCAUUGCAGCGUGGAUCAAGCUUGAUACCAACAAAGGACUUCACUCAAUAUUCGACACAGUUGGUGGCCAUUCUCUCCAUCAAAAGGGACAGUAUCAUUUUGAAAUACAAGAUGGUAGUGUUCGGUGGUUCCAUAGAAACGAAUCAGACAACACGAUCUUCAGUGUUGAGACAGGUAGGCUUAGUGGGAAGGAACUUGUUUGAAAAAGGAAUAUUAGGCUGGUAGAGUGUUAUAAUGAAGUGCUUUGAUAGUGUUUCACAGACCAAGACGUCUAGACGCCUUUUCUGCCACGUCUUAAAAUAGAAUUUCUUGAAACGAAGAGAGAGGUCUUUAUCGUUGUGAUUGUCGUUUUGUACCUCGACUCUACUUGGUGUCGAAACAAAGGUGUUCAACACAACACAAGUAUGUUACAUCCAUCGCCCUCCUUACUCGUUAACGUACAGAUGUAUGUCCGUUAAGACUUGAUAAAUACCGUUUUCGCAGGGUCGCAAAUCAGGCGAAAGUCUUCUCACAUUUUACGUGUCGCUCGGGUUUGACUGGACAAAUUCAAAACGGAUUUGAGCUUCUCUGUUAUCUCCAGAAAUUCAAAUCCUUAGCUUGUUAGGCUAAAAACGUUUUCGGCUUUCGAUAAGGGGAUAAGGCGAGAUUAUCUCAUUUUCUCUUGUUUAAAACAAACGUGAAACCACUGUAAAUAUUUAACAAGGUCCCUUCUUUGAUAGGCUAACCUGACGACUGGUAUUUGAUCAUUGAGGAGUCGCUUUCAGUUUUUCUUAAUUUUUCUUUCCUGCAGAUCCAAUAAUCCCAGCAAAAGUAUGGAAUCAUGUGGCUGGAACGUACGAUGCACUUACUGGCAUAGCUAAAGUUUUCGUAAACGGUCGACUGAAGGCAGAGACUGCUGGGAAGGGUGUUCUGUCUCAGGAUUGGGAUGCUCAUGCGGGAAUAGGGAAGCACAAAGGCUCUAGAUUUCUCCAGGGGGAUGUGGACGAGUUCAGGAUUUAUAAUAAGGCUUUGACGCAAGAGGAAAUUCAGAAUCUUACAAAGAUAUGCAGUUUUGAAAGAGGUGAGUGAUUUUUCAGUUUUCUUGUCACCGGGUGCCCAUCCAAAUAUAUUCCUAGAUAAAAUGUAACCAUUUUUUUCAGUUUUCUUGUAACGCUGAAUCAGAACGUGGCCUGUGGAAAAUUGUACUGAACGACCAUAUUUUACAAAAUAAGACAACAACAACUAAAAAAUAGAUUACUUCUCUAAUAACACCUCUGAAUGCAGUCCUCCCUUUUAUGUAAACCCUUCUUGGACACAUUACUUUUACAAAAAUGAUUAUGAGAUCAGUAUCUCUGCAUUGUCACGCAGCAAUUUACAGAUCGACGAGCUUCUGCCUCACUACUUAUGGAAAUUUCUCAUUGUAAUUUUCUGGAAAGCAUCUUACUCAGUAAAAUGUUAGUUCGGAUACCACGUUGCUGUUCUUCUCCAGUUUAGUCUGUUUAAUCAUCUCCUUCACUAUGCUUUUAAAAUAAUCUUGAUACUAAUGAUGAUGGUGUUGAUGAUAAUAAAUAAGGCCAUGAUCUUCAUCUCUCCUCCUUUCUUGCUCCGUAUUUUAUCUGUGUAUUUUUUCCUGUGCCUGUUCUCCUUUUUCCUCCUACUUAUCUUGACUUUUUUCUUCUUUUAAGCAUGUGGCGGGUUCUUCUAUAGUCCGACAGGGGUGAUCGAGUCACCAGAAUGGCCUCACCACUACAAAGGCAAAUCCCUUUGCACGUGGCAUGUUGUUGUUGAUUUCAGCGAGAAAAUUGCGCUUCGUUUCAACACCUUCGCUUUGGAGGAAGAUAACACCUGUAGUAAGGCUAAACUAGUUGUCAGAGACGGGAACAGUGAAAAUGCAAACGUGCUUGGAGUUUACUGUGGUAAUAUGCGUCCUCCGGAGCUGACUUCAACUGGAAAUCACUUGUGGCUUCAGUUUACCAGUACGGAAGGAGCGGAAGGAAAAGGCUUUCUUCUUCAUUACGACAGAGGUAAUAAAAAACUACUGAACUCUUUACAGUAAAUUAUUAACGAUAACACCGUGAUAAAAAAAAUAGGGUGGUUGAAAAUGAGGUUAUAUGGACUUAGGAAGGUGCCGGCUAAAGGCUGUCAAUUUUGCGCUCGGUCUAAACCCUCGAUGGGGCUGAGGGGCAGGUUGUUGUUGGAGGGGGCUUAUAGAGGAUAAACGGUGUAUUUAUAUUCAGCUGCUCAGCAUCUUGCGAAUAUGAUACGAACUUACAGGCUGACCGGCUACCGUGAUAACUUAGUCGUUCACUUCCCAAUCAAAACACAUUUAUUUUUAAGGUUUAAUUCCAUCUUUGUAACUGGUUAAUCCAUCACUUUGCUUUCAAAUGUGCUAAAUAUCUUUUAUCUUUUCUCAGCAUCAUUUCGCCAAACGAAAAAGACCGAGAGACCACCAACACUCUUUGAUGGCACACAACGAUGCGCGGUUACAAAGCCCGAAUAUAACGUGACCCUGGUAGGAGGUAUCAAAUCCGGGAUUUUUUCUGAGGCCAGGCACGUGCACGACCUAGACCUGUGCACAAGGCACUGUUGUUUAAGAGAAUUCUGUGACCUUGCCUUCAUGAUCCGGGAUACUUGCUAUCUGGUCAAAUGCGCCAAUCAGUUGCUUUGUAAGACCAAGAAGGCGAGGCCGUCAAGUAUGAAUCCCAGGAUUAGUUUUGUAUCUCAUUUGUCAGCGGUGACUCCAGAACCUGGUGAGUAGAGUCGUUGAGUACAAUGAGGGACAAAAGUUGUUAAGACACUUCCAUGUAAUGAACCUUUAUUGCAAAGUGGACAUACCUAUCCCCUCCCCCUCUGUACCCUUACCGCCUUCCCCGUAAACCAAUGUUGUAUUUUAAACACUCAAGUCUUUCUUCAACUAAAAACAAAAUUGAUUCGGGGGUGGGGGGCUUAAGGCGUUUAAACAGAAUUGUAUGAUUUGAAAUUGUUGGUUGAAGCGCGCAUUUAGACAAGUGUGUCAACUACUUUUGUCUCUGGUUGCUAAAAGUGAUGUUGCUGCCAUUAACAUGCACACUAUGUCAUUUGGUGAUAGGAACAAUUUACUGGUACACAAUGGUGUAAGUAUUUUAACACGAUUGUGUUGAUAUUUGCGUUUAUAUACGAUGCACCACACUCGCUUCAUUCUCCAGCCUUGAAUAUAACAUUCUCUAGUAUCGAUAGUUGCGUCUUGAAUUAGCUGUUCUAUCAGAGACAAUAAUUAUUUGCGCAGUCAUUAAAUGUUGAGGGAAUAAGUUGGAGAUUUUUGUUUUCUUGUUGUUGUUUUCCCAUGGUAUACAAACGCAAUUACAGUCAACUCUUCCCAAGACGGACACCUUUGGGACCACCACUAAGUGUCCGUCUUAGAGAGAUGUCCAUCUUAUAAAGAGUCAAAUAAGGGGAAUAAGCAAAGGCAGGGACCAACUCUAGGUGUCCGUUUUACAGAGGUGUCCGUCUUAUAGAGGUUUCCGUUAAGAGAGAGUCGACUGUAUUCUAUAGGUCGAUAAUUUAUUAACUGCUUGGGUGAUUAAUUCUUCCUCUUUCCCUUUCAAAAGGGCUUUCUGUAGACGGAAGCGCUUACAGUAAAGCUGCUGCCCAAAGCACAACCACGCCAACAACGCUAGAGCUUUCGGCAGACGGAAGUGCAUACAGUAAAACACGAACUCAAGGUUCAGGGACAUCUUCGACUCCAGAGGUUUCCGCCUAUGGGAGCGCCUACAGCAAAGCAUCAGGAGCACAAAGUGCAGCAGGAUCUACCAUUUUUGACCUCUCCGCCAGCGGAAGCGCCUACAGUAAGCCAAUUGCAGCAAAUGAUAAUACUUUAACAGCCUCUCCACCCAGUGCUGAACCAGAUUGCCACCACACGGCGGUGAGCUACAACGUCACACUGGUUGCGGGUAUAAACGCGGGAAAAUUCAGUACUUACGGCAGCGCGCGCAACAUGGACGAGUGCAUACGUCAUUGUUGUCACGACGACACGUGUGACGUGUCUUUCAUGAUUCAGGGAAAUUGCUACGCAGUGGAGUGCGCUGAUACCGAAGGCUGCCAGAUCAAGAGAGCAAAACCUUCCUCUUACCACCCCACAGUGGCGUACGUAUACCGCGGAGGUGGAAGACCGAUUGGUGGUAAGUAACGAUUUGCAACAGUCCUAAAUACAGCUUGAAUAAAAUGGCGUGCAUAUUAUUAAUUAUUGCGCAUUAUCAUAUUUAAGAGAAUUGUGCUAUAAAACUUGGGAUUCCUCUGGAUAUUUUGGUAUUUAGGUUCAAAUGUUGUUUUGCUAGCUGAUUUCUUUAAAAUCACUCCUUUUAUGUAGAUCUUUUACUGGGAAUCGUUUAUGAAAGCUUCUGUCCUCGUUAGGACUGUAAAAACUAACCUCCCAUUUCGAGUCACAUGUAAAAAUUGUCGCGUGAUUUUUUGUUCAGUUGCUAGCCGAGAACUAGUUGAUUACCAGUCGAUUACUAUUCCCCUCCUGCUUAUUCAUUUUUAUGCAGACCCCUUGCCAGGCGCCGAAAAGCCCAGCCUUGACGCUUGCUCCAAGCUGACUGUCAGCAACACCAUACAUAAUGUGACGCUACGAGGGGGUAUUAAGGCGGGAAAUUUCACCGAUAAGGGCGUGGUCAAGAACAUGGAGGAAUGUUCCGCUUUUUGCUGCGCAGAUGAGCAAUGUAAUGUGGCGUUCCUCAUCCGAGACAAUUGCUUCCUUGUGGCAUGUAACGACUAUGAUUCAUGUAAGAUGAAGCCAGCCUUGUCGGAGUAUUAUCGCCCGCGAAUGGCAUUUGUAAAUUGGAGUCCUCCUGAUGACGAAAUCCCAGGUACGUUUUUCCAAGGAUCUGUCUUGCCUGUCUGUACCCCGAAGCGACACAGUUUCCGCUGUCAUAAGGCGUAUAGGGAAAAAAAGGAGAACACUGUGUCCUCUCAGUCACGCUAUUUGCUGUCUUUUUGAAAAACUAAAACAUUUUGUUUCGCAUCAUUUGAUUUCAAAAGAAAAUGGUCCAGUUUUGUUAUUUAAGACUAUUUUUUGCUUUGAAAAUGUUUCCUGUCGUCUGUUGCAACGGAUGGCAAGGAUGGACAUGGAUGGAAACCCAACUUUUUCAGACUUUUUUUUGCUAUUCCCGCAAAACACGCCCAAAAAAUUAUGAUGGUUAGUGUUCCCUGGUGAAAUUUGUGUGAUAACUACUUCAUAGCUCUACAGGAGCAUUGUGUGCAUGGGUAAUGGCACUUAAAGUACUGACUUGACCUAAAGCAGCAAUAUCCUCACGUGACAUAGCACCUUUAAGGCGCAAUCAAUGUCCAUAUCCACUUAACAACAAUUUUACCCGUCAACAGCAUAGGCCUUCUCAUAGAACUAAAUGUGAUUUUCCUUCUCUGAUUUACAGGGCCGUACAAAUUAGUUUACGAAGCAUGGCCACGCAAUUCACGCAGUUAACGCAACAAAGUUUUUUGAUUAAGAAUCACGCACAGAUCCAAUCACCAUGCAAAUGACGUGAUACAAAACUGAAAAGACCACAAACAAUACCCACACCACGACUCAAAAGCGGAGCCGGACCAGCGGUGGUUUCUCCAACACUAAGUAACAUCCCUCUUACGGCAAACGGCAAACGUCAUUUUUGCCACGUGACCAAGUUUUUCCUUUCUUUUUUGUUUACUGUUUAUAACGUCCACAGAAAAAUCAGUAGUUUCACGCCAGUUUCAGCUAUAUGUAAGGAUUAGUUUGCGCAGUGUUUAUCUGCUCAUUUCCUUUUUUGUGAAACAGUCAAAUUGAAUGCGGUGUUUGCCGUAAACGUGAUUUUAAAUCUUAUUGCUACAAUUUACCAAUGGUUUGUCCCGUUAUUUCAUUUAGCAAACCGCUGGUACGCGUCUCUCGGCUGCUGGAAAGAUACCGAAUCAUCUUCUGUUUCUUCAUUGGAGGGUUCGGAUUCUCUUUUGCAAGGAUCUUACCUCAAACGAGAUAAACCCAUCGAUACGUGCGCUCAAGUGGCUCGGAAACAUGACUACAAAGGUAUAAACCACUACAUAACGCCAUUCAAAUAAGGGUAAUCAACAUGUUAAUAUAUCAACGGCUUUAGUGCGUUUCAACCGUAGCUUACAGGGGGUAAAUCUUGCGGGUCUGAAUUAUCUGAGGAACGAUGCCGGCGUGCGUUUUGAACCUGGAAGGUGCAAUCAUGCCGGAAUAUUUAACGAUGAGAAGACAUUAAAGGUACAUAGGAUAGCUCCUGGCUCUCUAGUUUGGGGUUUUGUCUUGGAGCUUAUCACUCUUUUCAGUGAAUUAAAAUCAAACAUUAACAGCCGAAUCAGGAAUUAUCGGCCUAACAGGAGGAAUUUGAGUAUGGAGAAGGAACUGAUAAUGAACGUUUUUGUAAUUUAAUGAUUAGAUAGUUAGCUAGCUUACAAAAUAUUGCCUCGUAUCAUAGCUACAGAAGAAAAAGUUCAGUACUCUUUGAUAAUGCGUUCGCGAUAUUAGUUUCAAAGUAUUGUGUUAAGAUAAAAAUCAUGGUUGAACAAUAAAUAAAAAGCUGGGCAACAGUUUCUUAACAACGAGCCCUGCAUCAAAUGCUGAAGCUAGAACUAUCGGGUCUGGUACAAGCAAGGGGCUGUUGAGAUGGUGAUCGCGUAUAAAAAGACUUGGCAUCAAGAAACAAUUUACUUUUUCUAUUUGCACGUGUGUUUUUGAGGAAGGGGGAAGUGUAAUGAUUCCCGUCUCUUAGGAAAUAAUAUUUAAAUUCACUCUUCAAACUGGUAUUUCAUAUUCACGAUGGUUUCUAACAUUAGUACGCAACACUAUUUUCGAAUUUUUAAAGCUAAUUUCUUUUGAGGUUAUUUUUAAAUUUCUUUUAUCAAAAAAAUGCAAACAAUGAUAUCAGCAAAGGCUCUCCUUUUUGUUUCCAGUUUUUGCGAUACAGAAUGGCGGAGCGUGCCUGGGUGAUCCGACGGCGGAACGUUUGUUUAACCAGUACGGUGAAUCUUCAGCCUGUAAGCAGGGGAAAGGAGGACCGUUCGUCAACGAUGUCUACCGCCUCACAGAUUCUGGUGCGUGUCAUAUUGAUCAUUAAGAAUGAGUUCACUUUGUCUCUCUGUAACUUAAAAUGAGCAGUCAGUACCAGUGAUGUGAUGCUGAUUCUACCCCUGCUUUGAAGCCAGCGUCCCAUCCACGAGUAUUUUGGGUCCCCGCCAACGAUGAGUCUCUCAUCCAAUAUUUAGCCUGCGCGAAAUCUCCCCAUUUAUUUCUAGCGACGAGCGAAGCGAGCCACGAAGAAUGGACGAGAAAACGUGGUGACCGCGCGUGGCGCCUAACCAGUGGUCCUUGCUCUCGAGUCUUCUUUCGAAUGCCAGUCGCGGGUGACUUUUUGAGAUACACCCCAAAUAGAGAGCUUGUUCACCGGCUACCCAACUUGAGAACUUGCAUGGGUAACGGCAAACUGUUACUGGGUUUGACCCUUUGAUGGUCUAAAGUUUUCGACCAAGGGUACAACUCUCUUAAGUUUUCUAUAGUACAUAAACAAGCUCCGUCCGUUUUGGGUCACUUUGUUCCCGGCUUAUACUUAAAUAAAUAAAUAGAUAAAUGCUCAUAUAUCGUCUCCCCUUUUCCGGGGUAAUGAACCAAUAAUUCAAACAUGAUAUGGUUAAGAAUCCCAACUGGUAGGAGGCGAACCAGUUGGCUAUUUACAAGCGUGGCCGAGGAUUUGAACUCAGGACUACCGAGAACCAAUCCGGGGCCUCCAGAUUACAACUCCAGCGCUCUAACCGUUCCGUCACGCUGCCACCAAGUCGCGGAUCAUUAUAAGUUUCUGGGAAACUGCCCACCUACCCCUCCCCUAAGUCAACAUUUUGCCCUAAGUGAAAGGAAAGUGUUAAAGCUGGCGUGAUCUUACCUAACGUCCCAGUUUGUUUUUCGUCAGGCUCCUACGUUUCUCUUGGUUGUUGGAAUGACUCCGGGAGUCAUGCUCUUACGCUUCUGGAACACUCUGAUCCCCGAUUGGAUGACUUUUAUCAGACUCGAAUUGAUCCGCUACAAAAGUGCGGACGAGUGGCGCGCAAACGAGGCUACACCGUAUUUGCCGUUCAGCGUGGAGGGAUGUGCUUUAGUGGACCACUUGCGGAAAUUCAUUAUCGGAAAUUUGGAAUGUCAAGAAGAUGCCAUGAUGGAUUGGGAGGUUCCUAUGCUAACAGUGUAUACAGGCUGAUAGGUAAAAGGCGUUGAUUGUACACUUGUGUUAAAGAUGUUCAAACUGUUGAACCAAUCAGUUCAUCCUUAAAGUAAUGAUUCACAUCGACGUUUAUAGGGGGUGUUUAGAUGACACCGGGGCGACUUUUGCGCCGGUGCAAGUUCACUCCGGCUCCCUCUCGUGGCUCUGUAUUUGUUCACAUGAUACCACCACAAAAUGUUAAUAUGCCGGUUCGAGUCACACUGGGGUGAGUUCACCCCGGUUGUUGUACCAGAGCGAGAAUUUCACUCCGAUACGAAAUUUCGCAACGGUGUCAUGUAAACGCGAAACGACCACUCUUUUUGGUGUAAUGGCGUAUGCGUAAUUGACUCGCACGUGUAUUUGAUCAACAUUAAGAGAAUUUUCAUGUAAACGCGAUAUGAAAUGACCCAGUCAUCAUGUAAACCCGAUACGAAAUCAAGAAGUCAUUCCGGUAUAAAACUCGCGCCAACGCGAGUUUUCUCAUGUAAACACCUCCUUUCUUUGUCCUAGGGACUUUAAGAUCCAACGACGCGACGGCAAGGAGAACGUCUAAAAAACAGCAGGUUUUACUGCAAAACAACAACUUCGAACGUGCAUCACCCUUUUUUGUACAUUUCUUUGCCGUUUUUGCACGACUACGACGUGAAAAUAUCUAAUUUCUCGUUAAUGCAGGACGCAACAAGCAACGACCAAAUUUAUUUCCCAUCCUGAACUUGGAUAGAAAGAACGCAAAUUCACUUUUUAAGCAACGUUCUCGUUGCCGUCGCGUCGUGAGAUCUUAAAGUCCCUGUUUUUGCGACAAGAACGUAUGAAGGGCAAAAUAUUUUUCCGCUCACUAUCUCCCUUUUUUGCUGUAUAUAUUGAAAGUUUUUCUUUUGGACAAGGAGGAGAUAUCAUUAUUUAGUAUAUACCAAAACAGUGGAUAUGAUAGUGUUUUAGUUUUUUUUCAUCCGUGAUUCGUUGGCACGGGACUUUAAACCGCCGGCUCUGGAGGAUAGUUUCGGUGUGAGCGGAUUCACUGGUUUCGUGUGGACGGGAGGCCGAGUCGUCAGGGGCGUAGCCAGCUUUUCGACUAGUUGUAGACCUGCACGGUCCUCACCAACACUUUGACCUCCUAUGCUUUUUAGCUCACCCUCCAAAAGCAUAAUUUAUACCAAGAGGUAUAGUGAUCAAACCAAAAAUUUGUAGGCCAGGGCCUACAGGUCCUACAGGGCCUACAGGCUGGCUACGUCCCUGCUCGCGUAAAAAAGUAUGUGGUUUUAAAAAUAUCUGGAUUCGUGCGGACGUAGGCUUAGGAAGCUCUCGUCAAUUUCAGUAACCUGUUGAGGAAGUGUCCAAGAAAACGUUUCACGCUUCCUUUGGUAAAAUAAGUAAACAAUAAAAACACAGUAAAAAGAUCACGUCCGCUCCCGCAGAUUUACACGGCUUAAAAACAGGUAGAAAUGCAAGGGUGUCUAUUUUUUUUUUUUUUCAGAUAACUUGGAAACUACGCCUUCGCUUCCUACCACGGGGAUUUCAACAUCCAGCAUUGCUUUUACAGAGAUUUCAUCCAGUACUAGCUCCAACGAUUUUACGCCCACCACGGGAUAUAGUUCACAGGCCACUUCCGCUUCACCAACGACGCGCAUUCAAGAAAACUAUCUCACACUACAAGAUGGUGUACCACUCAGAAAUACCUAUACAUCCGGCGACAUUCUGUACAACGUAACACUUAAGUUUGGUAUCAAGGCAGGAAAGUUUAGCGACAAAGGGAAAGUUGGAAAUAUGUCUGACUGCAUAAAAGCCUGCGGGAAAAUGGAAACCUGUAGUCUAGCGUUUAUGCUCGGAAAGCAGUGCUUCGCUGUGUCGUGUUAUGACGAUGCGCUGUGUCUAACAAAGCCAGCGUAUUCACCGUUUUACAAACCGCAAAUUGCUUUCGUAAAACACACAAAGGAAAUCUUCAUUGGUAAGUAGACCACCAAACUACGUUAUGCAUGAUCCCAUUACCAAGGGCAUUCUUGACUUUAAAGACAUAGAUGGCCUCAGUUGUUGUUGUAGCACAGCAGCACUUUCGUUUCAAAAUUUCGGUGACAUGAGAUUUAAGAGCAUUCUAUAUCAUUCGUAGCAAACAUUUUACUUUGUGCGUCAAACUUAGCGUAACGGGCCUGUAGCAUACACUUUAACGUUACAUUUAAAAUUACAUUAGCUCAUCAUGUUUUGUUUGUCGUGAUGUGGCCACGCUUAAACAUAACCGACAGCGACAAUUUCUUACGGUACUCUACGUUGCCGGUUUUCCUGCCUAGGUGUCUUGUUGUCCUAAGUCAGGACUUUCUUGCUAAAGACUUUCAAGCUUGUAAGGUAGUGUGUUUUCGUGAGUAAAAAAGAAUUACAAACAAAACAAAAAGGAAGCCCUACAAAUCUCUGCGGUAUGGCCUGUACCUUACGCAUGCGCACAGCCAUAUCACCCGGGUAGUGACAGCCAUGACAACUGUUUCGUCCUCAUUUGGACUCAUCAGCAUGGUACAGCUACAGGCGAAGGGUUACACUUGCGAUCUCUGACUCUGCGCCAGCUCCACCGUAUACAUGUGGUAGCUGUUGGCUGGGAACUGCCAAAACAGCUCUCGAAAUGCGUAUGAAACCUGGAUCAGCUUUCUAGCCGAUUGGUGUGCCACAAACCUGUAAACGUGUGACCUGUUUCCUUGCUGCUUAUUUAUUUUCAGCCAAUGCUUCAAAGGGGGCACUGUCAGAUUUCAGCCAGUGUCGCACGAGUAUAGUUCAUAAUGACGUCACUUUGGUGGGAGGAAUAAACGCUGGAAAAUUUACCGAUCUCGGAGACGCGGAAAACAUGACCAUAUGCAGUCAGCGGUGCUGUUUCAAGGACGCAUGCGAUGUUGCUUUUAUGCUGGAAGGCGAAUGUUAUGGAGUCAAAUGUAUAAAUGAAUCGUUGUGUGAAACGCGCCCAGCCAGAAAUCCCGCGAGAUAUAACCCCAAAAUUGUUUAUGUCUACCAUGACAAGAAGAAAGACGAAGGUAAGCGCGCAGGUAUCGUUUUGUUACUAUAGUUGGCCUUUUGAGCCAUUGAAGAUAGAAGAUUCUUUGAAACAUAAUGGGGAAUCAUCAAACGUAGAAUUUAAAGAAUGCAAUCUACUGCAAGAAAGUUUAGCUUACGUAUUAAGUUUAAGCCAAAAUUUGUGUCAACAUCUCUUUCGUUGUCGUGCAAACAUCACAAGUUUGUACCUACUCGCACCAAACUGUUUAAUGGACUCCCCCUCUCCCUACUGAAGGAACGGAUCAGUAUGAAUUUGACCUUUCCUUACCUUACCUUAUACAGAGUAGUGAAAACCGAAUCUUUGAAUUUCAAUCCCCCGUCGCCGGCGCAACAUACAGGUUCUUUAGGAACUGCUCCUUCAUGCCUUUAAGAGAACCUUUUAUUUUGCUGUGUUUUUGCUUGGUAUACUGACACGACAUUUUAAAAACCAACAGCGCCAAACCAACCGAAACUGAAGGCUCUCAUUAAAAUGAUCGACCGCUUACUGAAUUCACUGACCGAAAAGCCACAAAAACAAAGUACGACAGACUCCACACUGAAGAAUAAGAACAAAGACGUUAAUACGGCUGAUGUGUCCGUGCACUCUGACGAGGGUAGUAACCUUAAAAAUGACUUGGGACUUGAGACAAAACUGCAGGUCAACGAUAAACAGCCACUCAGUAGAAAUAUAGACGAAAAUUUCUCGACUGACAUUUUUACUCCAACAACGCCACUUAUGCGCUAUGAAAAGUUGGUAGGAAAAAUGUUGGAUGGCCGAAUGAAUGUUUACGCUCUUCCUUUUCUCUUCAAUGGAGAUCAGGGCGAGGGACGGCGAUACCAGUCGUAUAUGACGCCAUUGCCAUCUAAAAGCUUGAACAAUCUCCAAGGUUUUUAUGUUCCAACUCCUCAAAACUUAAACCUGCCCUUUAAACAACACGAAAUUGAUCAUAGAAGGUUCCCUGGUAGUCGCUUGCCGAUAAGGGAUUCCCAGCGUUUGAGUGGUUUUUGGCCCACUGCGACACGAGUUAACACAAAUACAGUCGCGCGAGAAAAUGACUUUAUGCGUGACAGGGAUCUGCAAAGACUCCUUCAAGAAUGGCGUCGAGAAAACAAUAACAAACAUAACAGAGAAUGGAGAGAUGACGAAGAGGGAGACGCUUUAGCUAGCUACUACGACGCUACGGACAACGAUCUGCUUUCACUGAGUACGACAGACUUAAACCGAUUUUCAAAGUACUUGAAGUUACGUUUAAGUCAAAGCCAAGGCUCUUACAAACCUCAAGAGGUUUUCAUUAACCAGUAUCCAUUUCGUGCUUCCAAAAAUGCGCAACGAAUUUCCCAGGGGAUAAAUUCUUUCUGGGGUAUCUCUUCUGCAGCUUCUUCGCAACAGAAAAGUGUCUGCUGGGAUGGGCAGGUGUUACACAAUUAUACUUUGGUCGGAGGUAUCAACGCUGGCACGUUCACUGACAACGGAAAAGCAAGUAACAUGGACAUAUGUAUGCAGUUUUGUUGUAAGCGAGACACCUGUGACCUGGCAUUUAUGAUUGAGGAUGACUGCUAUUCAGUGGCUUGUAACAGGAAUGGCGCUUGUGAGCCAAGAAAAGCCAGACCCACCCAUUAUCUACCGCGAAUAGCCAUAAGGAAAAAACCCCAAGGUGGGUGAGAUAUUGCCUUUUGAGGAACUUUGUCACGUGCUUGGAUACCACUCAGCAACGUCGACACUAGACGUUUGAUACUUUUCUGAUUGAAUUUAGCGAAUCUUAUGUUCUUUUUUAUUAGGGAAUUCUAACGUUAAUGUUCCCUCAUCCACGGCACCUACAUCAUCGUCAACACUGACACCAACAUUCUUUCUGUCAUCAUCUCCAACUCCUGCAACGUCUUCACCGACCAUCACCCACUCCAUUCCUGAAGGUCAUCAAAGUAGGUUUUUCUAUCUUUCUUAGUUUUAACUUGGGCGUAGUUCUAAUUGCGUCGCUUAUCGAACUUCUCUCCGUUUUCGACACUACUUUGUUUUGGCCGAGAAUUCAGGUAUUUAGUACUCUGUUUUGAACGUUGCUAAAUAACUUGAGUAAUAACGCAGGGAAGUCGCUUCUCCACUAUUUUUUCCUGUUGAACGCAUUUUUUUUAUUUGUAAUCAUGUACUUGUAUUUAAAUACACGUUGGAACGAGCUUGACAUUUAAGAAAAACCGAACUAGUAAACCAAAUGUCGUAGACAAGGGCAAAAGUUAAAACUGAUAAUGAAAAGUUGUCUGUAGGCAAAAUACCUCCGGGAGAGCUUGCUAGCAGGCUAAAAUGAAAAUAACCGUUCUUUGCAACCUUUUCUCUUCCUGCUGGCACGUGAAAUGUUUAUAUCUGUGCCAUGGGCAGUUCUGACUUGUUUUGCUUAUGAUCGAGAGGAAAAAUGGUGCAGUUUCCGUUGACCAGUUUCUUGCAAAACAUUAGCGCCAAUCAAGACACUCAUGCUUCCAAUACCGAUAUCAGUAUUUUCACGAAAAUUUUGAUUGUGCCAUAAAGUUUUAAUGCUUUCAUGACUGGUGCGUCUCUUUAUUUCAAUCAGGUGAUCCCUCUGUUAAAGUGGCCCACUCAUGCGAUUCUACACCCAUCGAGUACAAUGUGACGCUUAAGAUGGGGCUUCACUCUGGAGAAUUCCAAAAGAUUGGUAAAGUGGAAUCUAUGGACGACUGUAUAGAAAUGAGCUGCAGGCAGCCCAACAGUGAUGUGGCUUUCAUGUUAGGCAGCAUCUGUUUUGCGGUGCACUGUUACAGUGCCGAUCUUUGCAAAACCGUUCCUAUUUUCGGGUCAAGUAUCUCUCGAUUGAAUUUGAAUCCAGCCAUUUCGUUCCUCAGGAAGAAAUCUCGUUUUAGAACAAAUUCUCUGGGUAAGUGAUGUGUUUAAUAACCAAGGGUUUAUUUCUGGAUGAUGCAGACAAUUCAGGGUAGGCUUUCUCUCUAAAAUAAACCUUUUGUCAAAUAAUACUGUAGUUUAUACACCUGCAACUAACUUUUUAAUCGCUCGACUUCCUCAUCUUUUUGGACGAACGAUCCAUACACAUCAACUCUUUGACUCACAAAGGCUUUGGGGCUUUUAAAAUCCCUACAGGGAUUAAUCUGUUCAGCAUUUGUAUAGGUAAUAGCAUGAUUUGUAGUGAUAUUUGGCAUAAGUACCACGAGUGAUAUUUCGAGAUUGAAUUCAGUAUACGUAAUUUCACGAGCCAUUAGGCGAGUGAAAUUUGAGACAAUUUUGAAAUAUCACGAGUGUUAUUUAUGCCAAAUAUCAUGUACAAUUCAUGCUAUUAUUUGUUUAUACUACCCGCAAGAGGUUUGUAAUUUUCACAUGUAGGUAUUUCAAAAUAAGUUGAAAUACCAAUGCUCUAAGCCAAAUCAAAAUUGCAGAAAUUUCUCAUGUAGUAGUAUAAACUGGGUUUGAGUUUAUCAAUCUAUGAUCUGUUAUUAUACCUAGCUGUACAGAAUGAUGAAAUAUAUCAAGAUAGAUGCCGCGACAGCACAAUAACAUACAACGUAACACUACGUGGUGGCAUUGACGCAGGUAAGCGCAUACCCCCCGGGGGGAAUACUCAGCAGUUUUAUACUGGGGGAAGCUCCGCCCCGAGGUCCAACCCCUUCCCUUUUAUAUACCAUUUUUGACAGUUCAAUGUGUUGGUAACCGUUUCUCUGGUUGAGACCAGUACUAAUCAGUCCACCUUAAAGGUGGAUUUCUACUGUCUCGUUAUUUUUACGUGUGUACGCACGUAAAUUUUACUCUUGUAAAUAAAAUAGAGGCAAUGUACGAAGUGUCGCGCGUAAAUAUUUUAUUUACGCGCGUAAAAUUUACGUGCGUACACACGUAGGAAUUUCGCGACAGUGGAAAUCCGGCGACUUUAGUGAGCUACGUCCAGUUAUAUCCUUUUGAGCACCACAUGACCAGACCUACCAGCAUCUUGUCCAUGGCGGAAAAUUAACCAUGUAGUGGCGAACAGAUGGUGUCUAUCCGUCAAAACGUAUAGGCCAGUUGUAGUUCCCUAAGCAUCACGUUAAAGUCUGUAUCUGUAUCCAGAAAUAAUUUCUCUAUGAUAUCGUUAAUAUUGUUUAUAAUAAUAUUUCAGGGAACUUCACAGAAAGGGCUGGAACACUGACAAUGCGAGACUGUAUUGGAAAAUGCUGCGAUGACAAAUCGUGUGACUUAGCGUUCAUGUUUGGUGACAGCUGUUACUCAGUGGAGUGCCGGAAUGAGAAAUUGUGCCAGGCUGUUUUAGCAAAGCCAUCACGUCUCGAACCCAAGAUUUCUUAUAUUACCAGAGGAUAUUUCGAUGAUAAGGACAAGGGUAUGAACACCUAGUCUAAUUUUAAAUAAAGAUAUGAUCGUCGCUGUGGCAACUGCAAUAUCAACAAUUGCAAAUUAACCCGAAAAAAUUUCGGGACUUCGACUUGAUUCGAACCCAUGGCAUUUGCGUUAGCGCUUCAGUGCUCAGAGUGGUGCUUGGAGUGAAAAUUCUAGAAACUUGAGGGAUAAGAAUAUUCUUUUCAUAUUUUAAAAUCCAUCUUUCACGGAAUUGCUUUACUCACCUCUUUAUCUUAUUUACUAAAAUUCUAAUCCCUUUUAGGGACUAUGUUCUCUGCAAGUGAUCAAACACCGACCUGCCGAGCAGAUCAAAAAUCUCGCUCAGCAGUAAUCAGUAACAAGACU